CCAUAUCUGGUCUAGGCGAUUAUGUCACCCAUUGUUUGUGUUCAGGCAGACUGUGGCACUGCAGCCUAUAUAUCCAGCACCACCCCAAAGCUAGGUCCUGGUUCCUUUCUUCUUUUAUCAAUACCUCAAAAUUUGCUGCUCCAAGUCGAAAAACGCCUUCACGCCAAACUUCCAAGACCGAUCAGACAGACACAUCGGCGCGUACGAACUUCCAACUACGACCCUCGAUAUUUGAAGCAUUAUCACAGCGAGGAAAUUGUGCGAGUCUAAUUUCAGGAUGACUUCAGACAGCAAUGCAAACGUCAACGUGUGGGAGGAUGACAAAUUUUGGGACAGUGUGCACGAUGACGAGGAAUUUUGGAACAGGUGGAGUGCAAAUGUUUUCGAGCCCAAACUGGUGAAGCCCAUGAAGAAGCCUCUCACAGCAUCUUGGAAUCUGGAGAUUAGCGAAUCCGAUGUGGAAAAGCUCAAAGCUGGUUUCAGACCCCGAAACAUGGACGACAAAUACGCUUGGUUGAUCGAGGAUGAUAAUGGCAGCAUAUCUAUCCACAUCAUCCGACACUAUGUACACUUCGAGGAGUAUAUACUUCACAUCGCCCCAAAAUCAAGCAACGACGAUAGCGCGAGUGCAAAGAUCCACAGCAUUACCUGGGAAAGCGACAUGGUUGGUCCUCGAGACGAUGUAGAGAAGGCCAAGGAGAGAGCUGUGCUUCUGACCAGACUCACUCUCAAAUGCGACUUGGAGAAUGCGCCUGGAACAGCUUAGUAUCGAAGAGCCGGACGAGGAAUAGAUACCAGACCCUCUCGCAAGCUUGGAGGAGUCAUCAUACUGUUGGGUUUUUUCUCGGUUUUUGUAGUCAACAAUACCCAGUAUAUCCAAUCAUUCCUGAUACACUGCAGCCUUUUUCCACUGCCUGUGAGGUCAUGAAGAUCACAAUCGCCCCGGAUUGCGUGAUGGGUUUGUCGGAAGAUUCGUCCCGAUGAUUGUGGUGAGUGCAUGCGGUCAGCUCGACACCGACAGACUGACGCUUAGGUAUAACAUGCCAGGUCGGAACACUUACAGGAAGAAGCAGGGUAACUGCACUCUUUAGGCA